AUGGCCGGAAUGGUCCGGAUAGUGCUGAGUAUCAUCUCCCUCCUGGUCACAUCGGCCUUCUGCGGACAUGUGGCGGUGGGGGACGACUUCACCGCCGAAGAGAUUGUUCAAGUUUGCGGUCAUCAUGACCGGUCACGACCGGUGGAGGAAAUCGUUUGUGAUCCGAAGAAAGUACUGGGAUCCAAAGAUCUGGAAGCUGUGAGCAGCACCAUCAAAGACAUCAAGUUCUACCUCCGCAGACAAGACGUUGACUGUCGUCAUCUUCGAGACUUCAAGGCCAUUCUUGUCCUAUUACCAUGGUUACCAGGCUACAACAGAGCCUCAGAGCGUGCCUGUAACCAGACUACAUCUACUGCUGAGGACCAGCGUGUGGUGGCAGAGCGGAUAGCUGAGGGAGUGGGAGUCAGGAGAUUCAAGAACAAAUCUGCAUGUGGGUUUGUUUCAGUUUUCUCUCUCAGAGAACCUGUGUUCUCACUCUGGGUGAAAAACGACAAGGACAGGAACCAGACCAGAGGCGUGGCCAGGCGGAUGAACGAUACCUUCACCCGGCUGAUGUCUGAGGCCAGGAGGAAGGCCAUUAUCACAGCAGUGAAGGAACUGACUCUGCCAUGCGAUCUGCGUCCGCCAUUUUUCGCUCGGACCCUCCGGAAACCCAAGAGUGACCUGCAGUUUCAAUAUGCGCCCCCCUGCGACCAGAACACCACUCUGCAGUACAUCGAAAUUCUCGGAUUUGAACUGACAAUCGACGAAAUAGUCUACCUAAGUUUUGCUGCAGUCGGAACAGUGACCAUAAUCAUCAUGAUUUGUUGUAUUUGUAAGCUGUGUUCAGAGACGUCAAAGUUUAACAAUGUCCGUCAGUUUUAUCAUGGUUCCCACAAUGAAACUCAGGACGAAAUUCUAAGUAUGUAAUCUUUAGUAUUCAACAGCUUUUACUCUACGACGUUUAAAGAGGGGGAUACAAAUCCACAUCUUCAAGUUUUUAUCUUACGAAAUGUUUAAGGGGAACAUCCGGAAUACAUCGCUACUAUUCGCUGGUGUGAGAAAUGCUAGCUGCCUUGUUAUGGUACAAAUGAAAAUCGAAUCAAACUUUAUCGUACGAGGUAAUGAUUGUGAAGAGUACAAUGUAUGGCAAGGUACUACUAGUAUUCUGAACAAUAACUACAAUAUCUGUAAAUAGAAAGCAGUAACUACAUUACAAACAGUAUGAUAUCUAACGAUUAUAAUAGUCCCCAAAAAUUAAAUUUUGCAAUAAUAUUGUAGGAAUACUACCAUUAUUAGAUAAAACGU